UUGUCUGCGGCAGAGCGCAGUUUGUGUUCAAGCUUCGGUUCGUACAAACGCGAUUUUAAUUGCUGCAUAAAUUUGCGAAGCAAGAAUAGAUAGAAAAUCAAUUUGAAUAGUGCAAGCAAAUUUGGGGAAAAUAUCCAUUAAAAAUGCAGUUAGCCCUGCCUGCUGCUUGCUUCCAGCUCUUGCUGCUCAGCUGCCUUUGGCAUGGCCAUCGGCUGGAAUUUGUGCAGAUCCCCGAACAACAAUUGGAGCACAAUGAACUGCUGGCACUGCUCGAGGAUGACUUGGAUUUGUCGCAGGUGAACUGGCGAGCGAUGAUACCGCUGCUGCUGCAACGUCAGCAGGUGCGUCUGUGUGUCGCCGUCUACCGUUACGAGCCGCAGCUGGUGGCGGGCACGUCCUGUGAGGCGCUGCUGAGCAACGGCCUGAUGGCGUACUGCGACAUUGGACAUGUCGAGGAUCUGAGCAUGACAAUGCGCGCUGCGUUCGGCGGCAUGCUUUUCGAUACGCUGCAGCAAUGCCGUCCGGGUCUGGAAAUCUUUGGAGUACGUUGCCGGCGACGUGCCUGAACGAGAUUAAGGCCAAAAACGAAGCGCUUAAGUGAAUUGCUAAUUCAGUUUUCUUGCCACUGCUCAUCAUCAGUCGUGACUGCCGCCGUCCAUCUACAUCUCUAUCUCCAUCUCUGUCUUCGUGUCCCUUGUCAUUUCAAUGUGUCAAUAAAAAUGCGAUGUGGGUGAAGGCCUGUCCCGGGCACAUACACACACACACACACACACAGGCAGGCAGACAGGGCGCUGAGCCGAGAUACGGCCACACCCUGAGUCCUUGCUGAGCAGCAUCAUGACAAAUGACGAUUAUAAUUUGUAAAAUUUGCGCCCUGCUUGUUAUCCCGCAGCUGGUGGGCGGUGGGUGGCGGGUUGUGGGCGGGUACAGCUUUCAGUGGCAGCGCUCUGGCCAUGUUUGGCUCUGGCCUAGUUCUCUUUUGCCUUCAGAUUUAGUUAGUGCAUUGCAAUUGUUGUUGCAAUUAGCAGAGACAGCAAUGUUGUAGGGUAUCACGACGAAGGGGGCGGGGAAACAUAAGCACUAUGGGCAGCUGAAAAACUGAUGGCUUGAUUUUUCCAUUAAACACUGCAAAUGGAAAAUUGCAACUGAAACAGCGCAGACAGCAGAAGGCAAAGGCAUUUGUUGUGCUUGCUUGUUCGGUGUUGUUGCUCUUAUACCCUGCACCCAUUGCGAAUGGGUAUAAUGAUUUUAUGGCAAUGCAUGUAACAGGCAAAUUUAGGCAGCUGCGACUCUAUGAAUUAUGUACGUGCAUUAAGAGCCAAGGCUUUCGACGUUUAUCAGGGAAAGUAACUAAGCUCCCCUAUGUAUAUAUUCUCCUAUAAAUAGUUUUCUAUAUAUAGUCUCCUAUAAAUAUUCUCCUAUAUAGGCAAAUAUAUACAUAAAUACAGCUUCUCUCUCUCUGAAAUCUCUUCACAAGCACCGAAGAUAAUCAAGAAUUCAUUUCCCCCUUACAUAUCCGGGUGUAUAGAGAAGAAGAAGUAGACCGAGCUGCAUAAAAUGCGUACGUGUUUCCUUUGCAUAUGUAUUUGUAUAUGUGUCUGUGUGUGUAUUUGAAAAAGGUAGCCAAAAUGCGUUUAGGGUAUUUUCCGGGAGGACAUUCCCGACUGCAGCAUUCGUACGUAUACGUGUUUGUUGUUGUUGUUGUUCUUGUUGGCAAUUACCGGGCAAUGGGCGAGGCAUUUAGCUUGGAAUAAUGGCCAUCAUGAGUUUUCAUUUUCACUGCUUGUUGUUAUUGUUAUUUUCUGCUUAAUUUGUGUGCUGAUGUGCUAAAACACCUUCUGCAUCAAUCUCUAUAUAAAUCAAAAACGUUGCAGCAUACUUUUUGGCUCAGCUGCAAAAUGUGUGCCCCGCCCCGACCAAAAACCCUAGCCGCUCUAUGCAAAAUGCAGUAGGAAAUUGCUUAAAAUGAUUGCAUGAGCUUGUCAGUCUGAGUGUGUGUGUAUGUGUGUGUGUGUCUGCAUUUGCGUGUGUGUGUGUAAUCAAUAUCAAUAAAUGCUUGUUGAAAUUUGGGUCUCAAUUA